AUGGCGGUCAGGAGAGAUGCAGACGUCCCAGUAUCAUCCAGGCCACGGAAAAUGAUGACGAUAAUUGCCAGAUCCUUGGCCCCUUACCUUCCAGAUGCCUUGAUCUUCAGCAUCCUCUCACGGCUCCCUUCCAAGUCAGCCAUCCGAUGCAAGUCCGUGUGCAAGGCCUGGCAUGCCAUGAUAUCAGAUUGCCAUUUUGUCAACCAUCACCUGGAGCUUUCCAAGGCAGCAUGUCAAUCAAUGCUUGUACUACCUCUUUCGUACUGCAGAGCUGCAGCACACGAAGGGCUGGUGUCCUUCUGGAUGGAUUUUUACACUUCUGGUGCUGGUAAUGUAGCAGCAGAGCUGAUAUACAGCGAGCACAUCCCUCAAGGCAUCGGUCGAUGCGCUCAGCCCGUGCAUUGUGACGGCCUGAUUCUUGUUCCCACACUAAGGCAGGAAUAUAUCAUUUGCAAUCCUGCGACCAGGGAGUUUGUGACCUUGCCAAAGGGCAGUCAUAACCACAAUGAGAAGCAUCAUAGGAUUGGAUUUGGUUUCGACCCAAGCAGUGAUCGCUACAAAGUGGCAAGAUUCUUCUAUCAACCAAAAAAAGAUGGGACAUCCGAAACGAUUUGCAGGUUUGAGGUGCUCACGCUGGGCACGCACGAAUGGAGACAAACUGUGGAUCCACCAUACCCACUUAUGGGGGUAACUCCGGCUCAUGUGCGAGGCGCCAUUUACUGGAUGGUUAAUUUGCCAUGUGUUGGAGAGCAUCCAAAUGUGUUCAUCCGCUUCGAUUUAUCUAACGAGGAGUUCACUCUCACUCCAUGUCCUCCGUGUGAGCGCACAGAGCCUACAUAUUUCAUCGAAUUGGAGGGUCAGUUAUGUUGUGCUUGCUUCACCAAAAAACGUUUUAUAGAAACUCGUGAUAUUGUGGAGAUUUGGAUCUGCAAUCAAACUGAGCCUCCAACAUGGACGCGACGAUGCACCAUUCCGAUAUCCAAGGACUGGAUUGUGCCCUACCCUACUGGUGGUUUCAAGCUUCCGAAAGUUAUGUUUUGGGAGAAAGAUUUGCUUCUUGUCUGUGAUUAUAAGGCGUACAGGUUCUGUGUACAAACUGGACAGAUCAAAGAGGUUGCUGGAGCUCUUAAGAACCGGCAGUACUACGAUCCGCGGAACAACAGCUACACUAUGUUUUUGGGGAAGGACGUGGAUUUCUAUAUUGCUAACUAUGCCGAGAGUUUAGUUUGA